AUGGACCUCUUUCGGGUCAGGUUGAACUGCUUGGACCAUUAUCAAGGCACGUCGACGCGGUUUGAUCCCCAACUACGGAACGAUGUCCACCCCUCCCAAGCCGCGAAGGGACCAAAAGUCCCUAUUGUGAGGGCUUUUGGGUCCACCGAGACGGGCCAGAAAGUAUGCGCGCAUAUUCAUGGAGCGUUUCCCUACAUGUAUGUCGAGUAUAGCGGCAGCCUCGAACAAGAUGAAGUUGGCGCAUACAUCUAUCGUUUACAUCUUUCCAUUGAUCAUGCGCUGGCAGUCAGUUACCGCCGUGAUCAGUAUUCAAGAAAUGCCAAGUUUGUAGCACGAAUCACUCUCGUCAAGGGGAUCCCGUUUUAUGGGUUCCAUGUCGGUUACAGGUUCUUCCUCAAGAUCUACAUGUUCAACCCCAUUGUCAUGACACGCCUGGCAGAUCUUUUCCAACAGGGCGUCAUCAUGAAGCGGAAAUUUCAACCUUAUGAGGCCCAUCUCCAGUACUUGUUGCAAUUCAUGACCGACUUCAAUCUCUACGGGUGUGGGUUUCUCGAUGCUUCAACUGUUCACUUCAGAGCGCCCGUACCGCGUUGUACCGAGGAGGGGAACUCGCUACACUUGUGGCAUGACCAAUCAAUCCCGCCAGUGAGCAUCCUGGACGACUUCUACCUCCCUAGGGAUAUCACCAAUCGCAAAGUAAUCAAGGAACGUCUGCUACAUCACGAUUUUGUUGAACGCGUCAAACCACUCCGCUCGGAUCUAAAAUUGGUCAACAGCAGUAGCCCCUUUCCAGCCGAAGUCCUCGUAUCCAUGUCGGCAAAUAUUCGACAGACAGGACUUCCAGGCUGGAUACACGAGGAGGAGUACCGAGAGGACCUAGAAAGACUGAUCGAUGCAGAGAGAGACCAAGAAGAUCAAAGCCAGCCCGGCUUUGAUACCUUCGUCGAACAGCAUCCUUUGGCAAACUCGGUCAAGACUGCUUUGCAGUCAGUCGAAGAUUUAUUUCCAGCGAAUCUGAUGCCUGCGCUUGGUUUGGUGACAGAGAUCACCGCCCCUGAUGAGAAUCCAGCCAGCAGCAUCGAUGUUGACGAGCAAAAGAUUAUCGACAAGCACUUGCUUGAUGCGAACGACUUCCCGAACGACUCUGACGAGGACUGGCUUCCAGCUGUCAACUUUUCAACUGCUGCCGCGAAGGAGGAUUCGAGAAAAAUUCUUAACGAGGCUGCGCCAACUCUCAAUACUCACAGGACGCCCAGGAAAGGGUCAAGUGCCGGGCAACGAGGUAUUCUGCGGGAGACGACACCCGUAGUAGGGCCGUUCAAGGGCGUCUGCAUUAGUCGGCUGACAACUGGCAUCCCUCACGUUAUCCCUAUUCCAAGAGAGCUGCUUGCGAUUGCGGAAGUCGACAACAUGGUCAGCAAACGGCGUGGAGCACGGGAAUCCAAGAGCCUGUUCAACACGUCUGUAAAACGACGAGCCUCUGCUGUGUUGGGAAACGAAUCUAAGCGCCCGAACUCCGGCCAUACACUAUCCCAGCACAACACAGCUGCAAGAAAACAAGAGGACAAGUUUAGGGUUCUGCCGAAUGUUGCUUCCGUCCCCGAAACGAAGCUGCCGAGCAAGUGGUUGUCACCCACAUUCAGGAGUUCGACUGGACCCAAUGGUCGACAGAUAUUACCGCCGGGGCGAGCCAGCCAUGCAUUGGGUUUUCCGGUUGUCAAGAGCCAAGACGACCCAAAUACCAAGUUGCGUCUCAGUCAGAUCGACAAAGACAACUUUUCAUCUUCGGGCUCGCCAGAAAAACACGUGUUGUUCAAUACAGUUGUUUUGUUGACAGGAGAGAACGGCUCAAAAGUCCCGUUGGCUGGAAUGACCAACGUUGGCAAAAUUGCAGACGAGGCUUCGAGCUCGUCAAACACAUCAUGCUGUGCAUUGAAUGCACUGCAGGCCGUAUCUGACGGAAAAGUCAUUCUUCUCAUUGGGUCUUUGCCGCCCUCGAAGGCAGAUGUUACCACAAGUCUCGGCGAUGGCCACACGCCGGACGUUAUUUAUCAAGAUGCGUACUACAGCAAUGAGUCGGACGUCCCUCUGAAACCUCGAGAGUAUGCUGGCAAAGAGUUUCGUCUGGAGAGCAAUACUUUACCUUACCUUCCGGAUUUUGAUCCUAAGCGUGUCUUGCAAGGUGGUGGCAUGUACGAGGAAACGGACAGCCCAGCAUUUGAUGAAGCUCUUGGCGAUGAGCAACGCGCAAUGUGCUCCUUUAGAGGCUGGGAAAUCGCCAAGCCUCCUCCCAGUUACAGAGAGGUGAAGAUCUGGUGGGAGACAAAGCAGACGAAACGAAAGUCAAAAUCAGAUUCCGCGCUCAAGUCAUUGCAGAGCCCCAAGAUGAACCAUCAUUACUCUCAGAUUGAUGGGCCAACACCACGAAACACUCACGGAUUCAAGUAUACCCAGAAGAAGAAGUCAAGUGGCAUCAAACAUGAGAUUCAGUAUAUGAGUACAAUGAGCUUGGAGGUGCAUGUUAACACGAGGGGUCAUCUUGUGCCUGAUCCGGAGCACGAUGAGGUCCAGUGCAUUUUCUGGUCAAUCAAAGCUGAUGGUUCGAUAAGCGUUAGUCAGGAAGCUGCCGGGGCCAUGAUCCAAGGCAUAGUCUUGCUUUCCUCUGAUGGGAGCUUGGCGGAGAGGGUACGACGGCAAACAUCUGUCGAGGUAGUCGAGGAGAUGGAAGAAUUAGACCUCUUCGUGCGGAUGGUGGAGAUUGUGCGAACCCAUGAUCCCGACAUCUUGACGGGAUACGAAGUUCACGGAAGCUCCUGGGGCUACCUCAUCGAACGCGCCCGCGUCAAGUACGAUUACGAUCUCUGCGACGAAUUCUCUCGCAUGAAAAGCAACUCACAUGGAAGAAUUGGCAAAGAGAAUGACCGUUGGGGCUUCAAUACUACGUCGACCAUCCGCGUUACUGGCAGACACAUGAUCAAUGUUUGGAGAGCCAUGCGCGGGGAGCUGAACCUGCUGCAGUACAGCAUGGAGAACGUCGUAUGGCAUCUGCUGCACCGGCGUAUACCUCACUAUUCGUGGAGCACUCUCACGAAGUGGUACAAGAGCGGCAUGCAUCGCGAUAUGAGCAAGCUGCUGCGUUACUAUCUGAGCCGUACACGACUGGACAUCGACAUCAUAGAGGCGAAUGAGCUGAUUCCGCGGACCAGCGAACAGGCUCGGCUGCUCGGCGUGGACUUUUUCUCAGUCUUCUCUCGCGGCUCCCAGUAUAAGGUUGAGUCCAUCAUGUUUCGUAUUGCGAAGCCCGAGAACUUCAUCCUUGUCUCUCCCAGCAGGCAGCAAGUGGGCGGUCAGAACGCCCUAGAGUGCUUACCGCUAGUUAUGGAGCCACAAAGCGCCUUCUACAGCAGCCCAGUGCUCGUCUUGGACUUUCAGAGUCUGUAUCCAAGUGUUAUGAUUGCAUAUAACCUGUGCUACUCCACGUUUCUUGGUCGUAUCACCAAUUGGAGGGGUAUGAACAAGAUGGGAUUUACUGAGUACAAAAGACAUCAACGACUCCUCGAGUUGCUGAAAGACCACAUCAACAUCACGCCCAAUGGCAUGAUGUUCGCGAAGCCUGAGAUCCGCAAGUCUUUGCUAGCUAAGAUGCUUGGCGAGAUCCUCGAAACUCGAGUUAUGGUUAAGAGCGGGAUGAAGCAGGACAAGGAUGACAGGUCGUUGCAGCAGCUCCUCAACAACAGACAGCUGGCCCUCAAAUUGUUGGCAAACGUCACAUACGGCUACACCUCGGCCUCUUUUUCCGGACGCAUGCCCUGCUCAGAGAUUGCGGACAGCAUCGUACAGACUGGACGAGAGACCCUUGAAAGAGCGAUUGCCUUCAUCCACUCACAAGAGCGGUGGAACGCUGAGGUGGUGUAUGGUGACACAGACAGCUUGUUCAUCCACCUCAAGGGCAUCACAAAAGAUCAGGCUUUCGACAUUGGUAACGAGAUUGCCAAGGAGAUUACCGACAUGAACCCGAGGCCCAUCAAACUCAAGUUCGAGAAGGUUUACCACCCGUGUGUCCUUCUCGCCAAAAAGCGUUACGUCGGCUACAAAUACGAGAGCAAGAACCAGGUCAAGCCCGACUUUGACGCCAAAGGCAUCGAAACGGUGAGACGGGACGGCACCCCGGCCGAGCAGAAGAUUGAAGAGAAGGCCCUGAAGCUCCUGUUCGAGACAGCCGACCUGAGCCAGGUCAAGGGAUACUUUCAAGCGCAAUGCGAAAAGAUCAUGCGCGGCACCGUCUCCAUUCAGGACUUUUGCUUCGCCAAGGAAGUCAAGCUCGGCUCGUACAGCGACAAGGGCCCGCCGCCGCCGGGCGCCAUGAUCAGCACGAAGCGCAUGCUCGAAGACGCCCGCGCAGAGCCGCAGUACGGCGAGCGUGUGCCCUACGUCGUGGUCACCGGCGCGCCGGGCGCUCGACUAAUCGACCGCUGCGUCGCUCCCGAAACGCUCCUGCGCGACUCGCAAUCACAGCUGGACGCCGAGUACUACAUAUCGAAGAAUCUCAUCCCGCCGCUCGAGCGCAUCUUCAACCUCGUGGGCGCCAACGUUCGCCAGUGGUACGACGACAUGCCCAAGGUGCAGCGCGUGCGCCGCCUCGAGCAGCGCACGGGCGCAGCAACGCGCCUGGGUCAGGGCCUAGGGCAAGGCCAGGGCCAGGGAACCAGCCGGAAAACUCUCGAGAGCUACAUGAAGUCGGCCUCGUGCAUCGUCUGCGACGUCAAGAUGAAGGUCGAGGGCACGCUCUGCGAGCGGUGCCGCAGCGACGUCCCGCCGAGCAUCCUCAACCUGCAGAGUCGUCUUAUGCGCGAGGAAAAGAGAUAUCUCGACGUCGUCAAGCUGUGCCGUAGCUGCGCGGUGCUGCCGCCUCUCGAUGACGUGGCGUGCGAUAGCAAAGAUUGUCCCGUCUUCUACUCACGGGUCAAGCAGGCCACCAGACUAGCUGCCGAGAGGAGCGUGCUUGAGCCGGUGAUCAAGGAGCUCGGCGCCGAGGCUGCCAGGGCGGCUUUGGAGUGGUAG